AUGGAAAUAUUUGAUUCGAAAAGCAGUUGUCUAGUCAGUAAUGCUAUUGAGUUGAAUUCAUCUGUGAUCUUCUUUACCGAUUUUGGUCUGUAUGGCGUCAUUGGAAUAUUGAAAGCAGAUGAGGCAAAAAUAAUACAGUUGCUGGUUCCUGAUUGCCAUGAUUGUGUUGAAGCCAAAAUGAUUGCUGGCUGUAUGCUUCUGCUUCACCCUCUAAAGAAAGAGGAAGAAACCGGGGGUUGCGGGGGUGGCGGUUAUGAGGAUAGGAAACAUGGAAAGGUGACAUUUAGUGAUGCUGGAGCAACCACUGAGAUAUUGUAUUCAGUCCUUCUCCCACUCAUGCUGGGUUUGGCAGAGAUUGGCUUGGGUGGCAAGGAGCUUACUAAUAUUAAGGACCUCACAAAUAGUCAAAGCUGUGCUGAUGCAACAGCAUACAUGUGGCGUAACUGGAGGGGCCACCGUCUUGUUGCACUUAUAUUGCCUGCACCUGAGGUGCGAAAGAAAGACAAGGAAUGUAGACAGCAAAAUGCCUCAGGCCACUUUUUUAAGCAUGGUAAGAAGCCUUUCUGCAAGAGCAAAUCUCUGUUUGUAAAGAAUCUUUCAGCUAGGAAGGACAGCAGCUCAGCCCCAUUUUCAAUACCCAGCCCAAGCUGCACCCCCUUUCUGGGCACAGCCAGACAAAUGACACAGAACUACUAG